CGAUUUCCGAAUGCAGUUGGCAUUGGGACGCCGUACGAAGCGAACGCGUUUUUCUUCCGAGAGUGAGUGAAGAGAUGAUGGCAGGGUCGGGUACAUUGACGCUGAUAGUGGCAACGGCGGCUGUCUUGCUUGCUGUUGGAGGGCUGGCUGUUGAAGGAGCCCGCUUCAAGGGAACGAUCGAUUGGAGCCGUGUGAGACCUUUGAAUGAAUUUCCUCACAUUGCGGCACGCGUGAGCCAGCUGAAGCAAGCACCGCUACGGGAUGGUGGAUUCAAAGGACCUUCGGCGCGCAUCGUUGGUGGAUCGAUUGCUACUGCUGGACAGAUCCCUUACCAGGUUGCCGUACUCUCCGACUUAGAAUCGGGACAGGCCCUGUGCGGAGGUGUCCUGCUGUCCAGCAACUACGUCCUAACGGCCGGUGUCUGUGUCGAGAAUACGUCCGGUGGUGUGAUCGUGCUCGGUGCACUCAAUCUGCAGAACGAGGCAGAAGCGGGCCAGGUCCGGGUCACGUACGCUGCCGGUGACGUUCGGCUGCACGAAGAAUUCUUGGGUGUAAUCUUCCGCAACAAUAUCGCCGUCAUUCGGUUGUCCGAGUCGGUUACGUUCAGUGAUCGCAUUCAACCGGUGCGCAUACCGGCAGCUACCGACAGCCGUACCUUUGCCGGUAUGUUGGCGACGGUGAGCGGGUUCGGCCGUACGUCUGACUCGAGCACCUCCUUCUCGGAUGUGCUGCGGUACGUGCGCAAUCCCAUCAUGACCAAUGCCGACUGUCACGAUACGGCCUGGGGUGGACUGAUCGAUGGACAGAAGAUGUGCCUGCACUACAUGGAAGCUCGUGCCCCGUGCGAUGGGGAUGUCGGUGGCCCGAUGACGGUGGUUGAUGGUGGCAGUACGCUGCUGGUUGGACUGUACUCGUUCGGGUCGGUGUUGGGUUGUGAAAGUGAUUGGCCAGCAGUGUUCGUGCGGCUUACCUUCUACCGUCAGUGGAUCGUCGCCAACACGGAUGUGUAAAGAGUGCGGGCGAUGUAAAGACGUCCCUAUCGUCCCACGUUAAGGCUCCGUGUUGCACCACUCUGUGGGCAUGUGGUGUAGGAAGUUGGUGCGAAGGUUACCGAAAGGUUUUACUACCGUCGAGCGGUGGAAGCGUCAAUUAAGUCACCGGCAAUAAACCAAAACACCCGGUCAGAGGCAAGCUGAACAAUCAUCGUGGCUAUAAACAACGGUAAGCGCGGACCUGAUAAGAUAGAACGUAUUCGAGAUGAAAUAAACUAACGAGUUGAUCGCCAA